AUGCAUUCCGCUCUUGCUACCCUUUUCCUCCUUUCCACCCCAAUCCACGCCAGCACAAUUGCCCGGGUAUGGACGCAUUUCUACCCCAAUUGCCCCGGCGAGCCCUUUUCCAACCUCGACACAUUCGAAAACUACGAAGAAACAGCCCCGGCUGAAGAAAUUACCGUCGGAAGCUGCGCCAACAUCGGCGUCCCUUCUUACGAACACAACCUCGUUAGCGCUAUCUCAGUAGACGCGGAGCUGGUCUCCCACGAGAAAGGCCACCCUUUCCCACCGGAAGGAGGACCAAACUGCAACAUCACCGUCCACGAGGUCCCCUCGUGCAUCGACCCACCUCUUAUCACCCAAGAGAUCCACAAUGGUGUCGAAGUAAGCGACUGCAAGCCCCGCCAAUUCGCCGCAUAUAGCGAAGUAUGGGUGAGGCUGGUCUGCGAGAGCGGUGCUGCUGUUGAGUCUCUGGUAGAUCAAGCCGAGGACAUCCCCCGGCUGGACGAAACAGCCUCUGCUCAGCAAGCGAACAAUAUGCAGACUCCCGGCUCGAAUUCGAACUCUUGGUCUAUAGCGCAGGAGCAACACUCUGAGCGCCGACCUGAAGAUGAAAGCCGUGUCAAUGACGCUGGUCAUGCCGAGAGCGAGAAGGUGGUUCAUGAUAUCAUGGAGCUGAUGAGGGCGAAGCACUCUUCGCACUUGGUUACUGGAAAGCAUAAUGCCACAAGACACCUGCCGGAUGCAAAGAUUCACCAGAAGAAUGCUACUGCUCCCGCAAACCAGACUGUUAUGUCGAGGAGGAAGCUGUCUGUGCUGCGCAACCGCAAGGCGCGACUUGUUUAA